AUAACCUUAUCAUACCGUGAUUACAUCAGGACUUGUUUGUUGGUGUCCACGAUUUGCAGGUCCCUGGCAGGUUUUGAAAGGAAAGCGAUCUCGAUUCUAUUUGUAUCAUAUCGAAGACUCGGAGAAAGAUCUAAACAAAACUCAAUCAGGGAAGCAGGAAACAAGCUUGAUAACCGGAUGGGUGAGCGAGGCGAUAACUACUAGGUAGUAUUGGUAGUACUACCUACUUGGUGAAUCCCUAAGGUACUGUACUAACCUAACCCUAACUACUAGUUAUAUCCUCCGCAGCCCCACGCUCGACGCUCAGACUUGCCGUUUCUCUCUCCCCAGUGCAAUUCUUCCCCUCGAAUCUGCGCGUGCUGGGUUUGCUUGCCUUGCUUGACUUCCGUGGCUGGCCAACACAUCCUCCUGGCUCAUCGCUCCAGAUGUCGGACCCGUUGAACCCACCCCGACCCCGAAAGCGCACCAAGACGUUCACCGGCUGCUGGACCUGCCGGGCGCGGAAGAUCAAGUGUGAUGAGGGAAAACCCUCGUGUCACCAGUGCUACCACAAGGGUCUCACCUGCGAGGGUUACUCCGCGCGGCUGCACUGGCUCACGCCCUUGACAGACCGGCAGGCGCUCCACUCGGAGGAUCUAUCGGUGGGGCCCAUGAGCCAACCCCACCGACGUCUUCUCCCCGCAGCGCCUCCCAAAUCCCCGUUAGACUACGAUCAAGUGGAUGGCAUCCUGCGGUAUCUCGACUCGCUGGAGUUGGUGGUGCACUCGCGCACCGAGGAGGUCAGUGCAAGCAUACAGAGCUUUGGCGUCUUCGGCUUCUCGCAGGCGUCAUCCCUCCCCCCGGGAGAUGGAGAUGACCUCUCUCCCGAUUCCGGGGCAGAUGCGGCCCUGAGCCUUUGUAAUAGCUACGAGCAGCAACCAGUCUUGGACUCUUUGGACGAACAAGGAACGAGUGCCAACUCGGAUCUUUCGGUUGUCUCUCCGAAUGCAUUUUCUCUCUCUCCAGAUGCUUUCUCGGUCUCUCCAUAUGGCCCCUCACAGCCGCUGAUUGCUCUCGGCGACAGCGUGCCCGACGGUGGGCAAGUGCAGGUGCCGGAUCUCGAGCAGUUUGUGCUGGGAGACGUAAACCCCAGCUGUGCCAGCCAACGCUGCCCCGCCGACCCAGCGCCGCAGCAUGCCCUGGAGUCGUUGGUAGUCCCCCGCCGCGAACGGCUCUUGAUGCACCACUACCGGCACCGCGUCGUCAACCUAUUCUGCGUGAUCGACAACAGCAAAAGCCCGUGGAAGACCAUCCACCUGCCCCGCGUCCUGCAGUGCGCGGGCGAGCUGAGCUUCGGGGGCACGACCACCCGCAUCCGGGAUGCGCUGCGGAAGUCCCUGCUCUCGAUCAGUGCCUUCUACCUGUCCAACGACCACCGGGCCCACCACCGCCUCGCGGACGCCGAGCGCUGGGAUACCCUCGCCUCGCGCUACCGGUGCGACGCGAUCGGCAUGCUGAAAUACGCCGUCGAGACCGAUCUCUACACCGACCAACGACCCAAGUACAAGGAAUUCCUGGCCACGAUGCUCUCGAUGGUCACGAUCAAUGUCAUGUCAGGGGAUACGAGCACCUGUGGCGUGCACUUGGACGGGGCCGGGAAGCUCAUCGCCCAUAUGAGCUCCCUCAAGUCCACGUUCUCCCGGAAAGCCCAGUCUCUCCAUCGCAUCUAUCUGUACCUCCGCGUCAUCUACGAGAGUACCGCCGUAAAAUCCCCCCACAAGACGUCUCGCUUUGCUUCCUCCCUAGGCUCACCGGAAGCCCUAGGCCCCCAACCGGCCCUUCCCGGCGGGUCGGUCUACCUCGAAGAAGACGAAAGCCCUGCGUCCAUGACACCCAUGUUUGCCAGCGCUGCCAGCAGCCAGGGAGGCAUGUCCGCCCACGAAAGUAUCUACGGCAUCCCGCAGAGCCUGCUGCUCCUGCUGAAGGAGGCGAUCGAAGUGAUCGACGAGUUGCAAAGCCGUGCCUCCACCGAGGCAGAGAUGGGGAACCUGCCGGGCCCGCUGAGCCGGCGAUGCGAUCAGCUGGAACAGCAGAUCAUGGACUGGCCGCUCGAAACGCGCCGGACCCGGUGCCAGGGGCCCGACGGCGGCGGCAUCAAUGCCACGAUCGUCUACCACCAGACGCGCGCGUUUCUGAACGCGCUGGUGAUUUUCUUUGCGCAGGGCGUGCGGCGCAUGAGCCACCGCUACCUGCGGCAGUACGUCCAGGCGAUCCUGGAGAGCAUCGAGGCCGUCGAGCGGCUCAAGGCCGAGACCAAGAUCCUCGCCGCCCCGCUGUUCUGGCCGGCGUUCAUCGGGGCCACGGAGGCGUUCGAUCCCCUGCACCAGGACCGCUUCCGGCUGUGGUAUGUCCGCGUGGAAGUGUAUGGGAUCGAAGCGGUGCGCACGGGCAUCGAGGUGCUGCACGAGGUCUGGAGGCUGGGGCCCACGGAUCCCCGGCAUGUGCACGCCCGGUGGCGCGGGGUGGUCGAGGCGAGGAGCGACUGUCUCAUGUUGACGUGACGAACGGAGAGAAGACGAUUUGAUA